CAAAUAUAUAGUGUACACAGUUAAGUCCGAUCGACAGUUCGUUCGGUGAUGAUACGGAAAUGGCGAAAUUUGGUUCUUUUCUGCAACUGCUUGCUCGGAUAUGGUUUGUAUUUCAACGUUGACAUCUUGAGUGCUUUACAGAAGGAUCUUCAAGGAGCAGACACGGGAAGCUGUCAGAAUGUCACUUCCAAUACGACGUGCUGCUCAGAAUGUGUGGGACUCGGUCCUGACCGAUAUAAUCAGCUUUACGCCGCCUACGCCUGGAUGACUGCAGCUACGGUGAUACCAGGAGGAUACUUCGUCGACAGAGUCGGAAACCGCGUUUCUGCUAUCAUGUCAACAUGCGUUGCUUGGUUAGGAACAUCGUUGUUUGCCUUAACUGUUACCGGGCAUAUCAGGGGAUCCUCUGUCAUGUUCCCUCUGAUGUUCUGCAGUCGUCUGCUUCUCGGAGCGGGAACAGGAACGGCCUUGAUUGUUCAAGACCGUAUCCUUGGGACGUGGUUUGCUGAUAACCUUUCCAUAGUUUUCAGCAUCAAUGUAGUAGCUUUACGCCUAGGGAAUGUCUCCAAUUUCCUCCUCACCGCCAACAUCGCUAACUGGAUUGGUUUCACUUGGGCGCUUUGGGUCGGUGCAGCCCUGUGUAGUACAGCCGUUUUAAGUGCAGUAUUUUUGUCGGUGCUUGAAUUAUAUGGAAAAAAGAAUUCAGAUAAAAAGUUAACUUCUAUCCCUGAUCUGUCUGAGGAGCCUGUAACGCUUAGCAGACAAAUAAAGAACAUCCGCCUCCUACCAAAAACAUAUUGGCUCCUGUGUGUGACAGCGGUAUGUUACUAUUCCGCCUAUCUGCCCGUGAUCAGCAAUGGCAGCAAAUACAUCCAAGACAGAUAUGGGUAUUCUAAAACUACGGCAGCCUAUUAUGUGGGAGCUGUCUAUGAUGUGUCCAUCAUCAUCCCACCGUUCCUAGGACUGUUGCUGAAAAAGUUUCGAUGUACUGGCCUACUUUUGAGCUGUUCCGCCAUAUUGACAGCACCAGUGUAUUUGUUAUUGUCGUACUGUUCGAGUAUUCACCCUCUAGUGCUGACAAUAUACCUUGGAAUUACCUACACCACUUUUGCUGUGUGUGUAUGGCCUUGUUUCGCUAUGUUGGUACAACCUGAUACCUUUGGUACGGCUGCUGGGAUAGCUAUAUUUAUGCAAAGUGGAGGAGUUGGAAUGACAAACUUGGCCGUAGGGAAAAUCAUGGGAACUACCGAAAGUUCUGACACAAUAGAGCUCUUAUCUAAGUACCGAAUCGUGUUCUGGGUACUGUUCACGCUGUCUGUUCUGUCGGCUGUAUUCAGCGUUGCAACCAAUAUGGCGGACAGUCGGCAGAACAAACUGAAUUCUAUAUUUAUGAAAGACCCAGUACCAAUUGAAAUCAACGACGAGACGUCUUCCCUGUUACCACACCCCAGGACAGAGUCUAGAACUGUGUCAACAUGAUGUAAUCAACCUGAUAUCAUAAUUUUAUCUUUUUAAAGUCUUAAUACGUUUUGCGUGUCGAUGUAGGUAAGCCAUAGAUUAAUUCAGCGUCAAAUAUCCUCAGGAUUUCACUUGCAUUGUUUGCGUGUGAAUUCUUUGAAACAAUAUAUUUUGUUAACAAAUCGCUCUCCAUAUGAGGCAGCUGGGAAAUCAAACUGACAAUAUGGAUAUGACCUUGAACCUGUAGCAUGUUUGUAAGAUCCUGACGAAAACCAGGGGCUGAACAAUUUAAUCAAAGAAUUUUAAUGUUAUGUGAAAUAUGCGUGAAAUCCUUGAAGGAGUGAAUAAGUGAUCACAACAUAUAGAAUACAAUUCCUUUGAUCAUCAUCUCAUCGAGACUGGAACUUUUUUAUUCACAUAUGUGACAUUUAUUAACAUUCAUGGGAGUAUAAUAAAUCAUCGUGUCUGCUUCAUUAAACUAAUUAUUUUUUGGUAAAACAAUGUUACCUUUCUUUGUUCCGAAUAUACUCAUGUCAGUAAGGGAUAGGUGCGUUCAUGAAAACUCUUCAUAUAACUUGAGCAUGCUUCCUUUUAAACAGCUUAAACCGGUUGUGGAUAGUUCAAUAAUUUCAAUGAAUGAAAACAUAGCUAAAUGUAGUUAAAUUUUAGGCAUUUUGUGACAUAAGGGUACUCCUUUAACAGAUCCCCUUGUUCAUAACGUCGCUUACAAUCAUUCAGUGAACUAUUACAUUAAUAAUAACCUGAUAUUGAAGGCAAAACUGUGCCAUUCAAUAAGUGUACAAAUUAUUGUCAUAUUUUCCCAACCAAACGUUUCUUUUGAAAAUAUUGUUGUAUUUAAUGAAGAGGUCAUAAAAAGUACAACAUGUAGCAAUAAACGCGUGCAUUAUUGAAAACAAACAAAAAUACAGAAAGGUCUCAAGACUUGGUGGAGAUAGCGUCAUUAUACGUCAUCAGCUAGGCCAAAUAAUAAAUUGUAAUACUCAAUACACUUAAACCUCUGUCUAAUGCCCAUAUAUUCUUUUGCCAUCCCGCUUACCGCCAUCAUAUUUAAAGGACAUUUUGUUUUUUCUUUUCUUAAGUUUUCCUUUAUAAUGUUCCUUCAAUGAAUGGCCAAACCCCCUUUAUAAAGCCAACACUGUUCUGGAUAAAAAGUGGCAGUAUCAUGAGAUUUUACUGCAUAUGACUUUAACAACAAACAAACAAAAAAUUGCAUCAUUUUAUGAUUUAUUGUUUUUAAAAUAUAUGAUAUUCAAAUAAUUUAGACAACAGCAGUUUCUAAGUAGUUAUAUAUAAACCACUACAAUUUACUGGUAAAUAUUCGUCGCAGUUAACCUUUGACGUUUUAGCCUUUGUAAUGAGGGAUUUUGUCAGCUCAUGAUGCAUAGUAACUUCGUUGCCAAUGGUGAAAUUAACACCGGAAAAAUAUGUUUUACCGGUUAAAAACAGGUAUUGCACUGGAAGAAUAUUUUGCUAAAUUAAAUGAAUACGCCUUGUAAAUUAUUUACAGACCAAAUAACUCUUUUUUAAUCAAAUAUCAUGAAAAUUGUAUGAGGGAGAGAGUCUCGUCCUUUUUCUGAUACAUACAGAUAUUAAAAAGUUAUUUUUCUGUUAAAUAUGUCAUUUCCUUUUGAUUCUCGAAUAUCCAAAGAGUGAAUAUUUAUAUGAAAAAAGUAAAUCACAAGCAAUAUCUUUCUUUCGAUUAUAACUUUUUGCUAAAGAAAAUGGGAAAGCAAAUCUAAGUCAGUAAAAUGCUGAACAAAUUAGAACUCUUCUUCGUUUUAGGUACAACACAAGACCAUGGGACUCUCUCCUUUAAUUAUAUAGUUUUGGACAGGUAAAUCAUCGAAUCUCGUACAGCCAUCAUGCAUUCAGAUAUCUAAUUAAUUAAAGUGUACAGAAUCAAUUCUACUUUCUGUAAAUAUACAUAUAAGUGUAUAUGCUUCUAUGAUUAAGGACAUAUGCAACUUUAAACAUUCUAUCAUAAUUUGUGUUUCAGUAAUAUAUAUUACCAAACAUUCAGUCUGUAUCAAUAGUUCAGAAUUGCCUGAAUAUAUUAUUAGGUACCAGUCAAAUAUGCCACCAAUGAAUAAGUCAAAAAUCUCAAUUAAAAUCUCCGAACAUAUGUUUUAGUUUUUUUAUUGUAUAUUUUUAUGUGAAACUCUCCUGGAAAUAGUAUGCAUGUCAUAGUAUAAGUGUGGUAACAUAUGUCUUUAAAACAAAUUAUAUAUCAGAUAGUAUAUCAGACGCAAGUCAUUGGUGUAUUUAAGUUGCAAGUAUAUGCAUACAUAUAACUUUACGUUAUAAUUUUGGCAUUAUUAUGACGAUUCGAUUGAUUAAAAAAACAAAAUACAUUGUUAUACAUGUAAGAACAUACUUGUAUACGUAUUGUUUAACUAUUCGUUGUGCAUACUCAAGGUGUACCGGUAUAGGCUUAACAAAUCAACACAUGUAACAACAUUACAGUCAAACCUCGGUAUGGAGUCCCUCGUUUUAUUCACCACCUUGUUUACCGCCAACAUAUUCCAAUGUCCACUUUUUCCUGUUGUCCUAUGAAUUCCUUUAUACAUUUCCUUCAAUUUAUCGUCUAAACCCUUUAUAAAGCACAUUUUUCUCAGGACAAAUGGAGACAGUAUAACGAGGUUUUACUGUAUGUAUCCUUCAAGGCUGAUAACAUGAACUUAAUUCAUUACACAAAACUCAUAAUAUAGGCACAAUGGAUAAAUAUUUCUAUAAAAUCAUUACAAAGGAAAUAUUUUAAUAUAUCUAAAAACAUCUAGCACAUAAGACAUAUAUAAUAAUACAUAGAUACAUAUUUAUCCAAUGUAAUACACUGCAUCGCUCAAAACAGCAUCCUGGCAAUUGUUUUCAUGUUUAUUUAUACUUCGGAAUUUGCCGGGACGACUUGUACGAUCAAUAUUGCUAUUGUCAAACAGGUCGGCAUACUAGCCAGAUUUAUGCUACUAGAGCUGGUCCUAAAUCAAGUCAGAUUGUUAAUAUUUCAACAGGACUCCUGAUGAAGGUAAUCAUAAUGCCCCCAUAGGUAUAAUUGGGAUCACGGCGUAUUGUCCGUUUAUAUAAUUACAUAAACAUUGAUUAUUUGUGUUAGCGUGCUAGCGAGAUACACAUACAUUAUACAGCAUGGCAGACAAUGUAGUGAUUGAUUCGAGGAUCUUGCAGAGUUCAUCUCUCCAUUUCCAAUACAUUUUUCUGCUCGAUAGAUUCCACUAUAUUUCACUACUGGAUUUGAUAUAAAGCAAGUUAGUGGUAUUUUAUUCCAUAUCUAAAAUGGCAUACUACCAGUAAACUUAAGUUCAAAAGAUCAAUAACGAAAUGAAAAUAAAUGUACAUUUUCUGCGAACCUUUUUUUUAAGUAGAUAGCAUACCGAUACCUUAGCCAAACAACAUAUGUAUAUACCCCAUCCAUUAUUGAUGUGGUUCUGUCGAUUAACCUUAAUCUAACAUGCAGUAAUUGCAAUCUGUAUCUACCGCACACGCAGAAGACAUGCCCAGUAUCCACCAAUAUAGAUUGGAUGGCCCUAGUUACGUAAACAACCAACCAAGACAAACGUUGAUGAUUAACCAUUUUUGAUUCACAGCAAUCAGAAAAUCACGAUUACAAUUCUUCAAAUAACAAAAUAAGCAGAAUCCAAUCUUUGAAUACAUACCAACACUGUGCCAUGUCAGGAAACAAACUGGCGCAGAGCUAGUUAUACUCGGGUAGAUACGAGAGAUUUUACUUUAUCUGAUUCACAAAUAUGUAAAAUGUAAUUUAAUGGAAUAUUGAUUAAUCUGAAACACUUGUAAUAUUACUUGUGUGUUAGUCGCUGUAUACAUUUGUAUGUAUAUUGCACAAUGGAAUCGGCGUUAUUGUUCAUAACGUACACGAAAGCCUGUAAAGGGAGCAUUUCUUUCGGAAGACGGCAUCAGUCUUAAUUCAUACAAAUGUUACAUAAAUAAAGACCUCAUAUUAGUCUAAGUUGUAUUUUACUUGUCCUCCAGAAAUUAUCAAUCAUUUGCACGUCACAGUUCGUAACUUUUGGGUGUUUAAAUACGUUCUGCGAUAUAAAUUUAUGACCAAAGAUAUUUCAAAAAACUACCGUCUUUAAUUUAGUCAUUCAAUUCAAUUUUCUUAGGCCUCCUCUGUGUUUAAAUACAUCGCAUAUAACUACUCACAGAGACAUUACCUGAUAGUCUUAGAUUGUAAAUACAAUCUUAAAAAUAAAAAAACAUUUCGUUGGGAAGCAUCGAUUGUAUAAACAUGUAUAUACAUGUAGCACAGCCAGUGAAAGUUACGAUGGCUUGUACUUCAUGUUC